UGACCCUCUUUGUUUUUCCAUUUGAUAUUUUAGUACUGUUGAAACCCUAUGCCUAUGUUCUUUUGUCCUCUCCACUUCGACUUUUAGCCAGCCUUUUGGUCAUCAUCAACAUGUAUAAAAUAUUGUCUAUUUUAAGUGGACUGUAUAGAGAGAGCAAUUUGUUCCUAAAAAUCAGUUAUUAGUAAUAAAUCAGCCUGUUGAACUUAUGCAAUUGUUUACUAAGAUGAACAUGCACAAUAGUUUUGUUUGAUGUAGUUGAGUAAUUAUUCGGAUGGACACUAUUUUGCUUAUAGGUUGAAGUUUACCCUGUUUUUCAUGAAAAGAAACUGUUUGUCAUGAGAAAUUUCGGAAAUACAGUAACAAGAACCUAAUGUGAUUUGCCAGUGCUUCGUACUUCGGUUAGUAAAUUUAGUAACACAAAUUUAGUGAUUGUUAGCAGCUUGAAUCCCCUGUGAUAGGUUUGCACUCAUAACUGUUUUUGGUACCGCGUUUUCAAUAUUUGGUGCAUUAAUGCUCAUAUCCGCUUUUUGAUUACAUUUUUCCUUCCUGUUUCCAUAUACAUACUACACCUAAUACUUUCAAGAGAAGAUGUGUUGUUUGUUCUUAUUGGCCAGAUUAUUGGCAGUGAUGAUAUUUUGUUGGCAUAUGAGUUUCGUUGUAGCGCUAUCCUUUUGGUAUAAAGGCAGUCUGAGAACCGCCAUUCAUGCACUAUUCCUCCCCACUAAAAAGAGCGAUUGAUAAUCUCGAUAACCUAAACAAAAAUGCAGAAGUGAGGGCUAGUAGAAGGAUCCAACACUCGGUGAAAGAACCAAAAACAACAACGGACGUCAACCAGAAGCGGCAGAUUGGGAACAAUGGGCGAACGAUUUAUCCCCACUGUUUUCCUCCCCUAUUCCUCCAAGCUGAGUUAAAGAGGCCAAGGAAAGAUUGAAAAAGAAAUUCAAUGCGGAACUCGCCCUUCGCACAAAUACUGGCCUAGGAUGGGAUCCCGUGAAGAAUUUCCCUACUUGCACUGACGAAUAUUGGAAUGACUUCUGCAAGACACACAAGUGGGCAAAGCGUGCACGGAAAGACCCCCUGAAAAAUUAUGAGCUCUAUUACGAAGCGUUUGCAAGUAGGCGUGCAUGUGGUGCCUUCGAAACUGACAUGGAGGAGAAUGAAGAGGAAUAUGACACCUCUCAGCCACAAGUGGGGGAAGGUUACAUAGUUGGCGGCACCUCGCAAUCUCUAGAUGGUGAGGAAAGCUUUCUUAGAACAAUGAGGGGGCCCCUAAACUCCUCAGGUCGCCCAUUGAACAUUGCCUCUUCCUCGCGGCCAAUUUUGAAGCGACCAAGCAAAAGUGGCGGAAGACUGAUUGAUCCAGAAGCAAAAUCGGUUUUGAAAAGUAUAGCUACUACACUUAAAAGUCGACAGAAUAGUCGAGGCACAAGUUCAGGUGCUAGUCAGCCUGUUGCAACACCGAAUACAACUUUCAAGCAGUGUCAACAAAUUAUUGGUGAGAUGUCGCUUGAUGAUGAACAGAUUGUCUGUUUCGUUGAGUACUUAAAUUGGAACCCAAACUGUCAGGCCCUGUUCUUAUGCUUGAAUGAAAGUCAAAGGCUUGUGUACGCUUUGAAAACGUUGAAGUCCUUGGCCAAUCAGCCAAGUCCCUCCUUACAGCCACAAUUUUCCUUCUUUAUGAACCCCGCAGCUCCAUUUAUGGGUUCCCAAGCCUAUUUUAUGCCUCCACAGCAAAACUUCCCACAUCAGCAUGCACCUUUCCCCCAACGAGGCCCAAAUUUUAACCCACAACCACCAACUUUCCAGCAACCUACUCCAAAUUUCCAACAGCCCGCUCCUAACUUCCAACAUUCCCCACAAUAUUACAUGGGUAGUCAAUUUCCCAACUUUCCAAGGCAAUUUGGUGGGAAAGGGAGUGACAAUGUUGUGUAACCGCGACUUAGUGAUUCCAACAUUCCCCACAAUGUUGAGUCAUUUCUUUUCUCAUUUCUUUUAUGGAGACCUUUUUUAAAGUUUUCCAACCUGUAGUUAUCAUUUAUUUAAGACCGGCUCAGCUGUACUACGAUGUCUUGUGAGUGUUUUUUAUGUUGGAUUGUAUGAUUGAUUUAAGACAUCGACUCUAUGUAAUAGGUCUUAAUUUGAUGCUCUGAGCCUUCACUUCAAUUACUUAAUUUGA